GAACAUUGUUUUGUAUUCUAUUAUUCCGCACGGACGAAUAUUUUUGUAGGACAGCGAUCGGUCGGCGUGCUAAGAUCGCAGUGUUUUGAAAAUGUGAGUGUGUUGGUGUAAUUUUUUUCUUCUACAGACGGGACACAAUUAACUUAAGCGUUUUGAUACGAUUACUUAUUGACUGUUUUGUCUCGACGUUUCAUUCACGGGUAGCGGGUAGAGGAGUCGUUCACUAUGGUGUUCUUCACAUGCAAUGCUUGUGGGGAAUCCCUGAAAAAAGCCCAGGUGGAUAAACAUGUGAUGAAGUGCCGUGGCUGCCAGGUUCUAUCCUGCAUCGACUGUGGAAAAGACUUCUGGGGCGAUGACUACAAAAAUCACAUCAAAUGCAUCAGCGAAGACCAAAAAUAUGGAGGCAAAGGCUAUGAGGCAAAAGCCAGCAAAGGGGAUGUGAAACAGCACCAGUGGAUCCAGAAAAUUAAUGAAGCAUUAAAUAAGCCUGGAGUCAGUCCAAAGCUGAAAGAGGUGCUCAAGCAAGUCGGUACAUACGACAAUGUCCCGAGAAAAAAGGCAAAGUUCCAGAACUGGAUGAAAAACAGUUUAAGGAUUGUCAACUCGCAUCUACACGAAGAAGUGUGGAACAUCCUCAAUUCAUCUGCUGACAAUCCCCCUGAUGUGCCACAGAAGGGUGAAAAACCUGAGAUGAUGACUCAAGUCAAUGGUGUCGAUGGUGAUGUGAAAGGAAAGCAGAAUGGCCACUCGGACACAAAGAAGAAGAAACUUUUCAAGCAAGAGCGUAAAGAGAUGCGUCAACAGGAAAACAUCAACGGAAAAGUGUCUACGGCUGAGGAGGAGCAGACAACCAAAAAGAAAAAGGACAGAAAGAGAGUGCGAGGUUGUGAAGAUGAUGGAAAUGAAGAUGAAAACGAUGCUUCUGAUCAAAUGUACAGAAAGAAACUGAAAAACCAAAAAGGAGAGGCUGCUGACAUGUCUGAACAAAGUGAUGAUCUACCAGUUGCCAAAGGCAAUUUCAAAUGGAAAGAAACAAUCAAGGCAGUAUUGAGAAAUUCGCCCGACCAGGAAUUACCAGUGAAGAAACUCAGGAAGAAGGUUCUGGCUGCGUACUUCACAGUCACUGGGGAUGGAAAUUUCAAAACAAAGGAGGAGGUCCUUGCACUUUUUAACAAGAAGAUCAACAAUAAUCCCAAGUUUAGAGUUUUGAAAGACAGAGUAAGUCUUCGAAAAUAAACAUGAAUGUCCCAUUUUAUGGAAGGAAAUGUACGUUUGUUCAAGGUUUUUACCAUUGUGCUGUAAUCUU